UAGAGUAUUUUAUGAAAUUCCCUAAGCUAGUAGUCUUUUCUGCGCUAUGAGUCGGUACGGUAGAUCUUCUAUUUGUUCUAACUCUUCUGACCACGAUAACAACGACGACCACGAAGGGGACCAGUAUGAACUCCAGCCCAAUAAAGCUCAACAAAUUCCAACAGCGGAAUCCAAAAAUAGUAAUAACGAAAAAGGUAGUAGUAACAAGAGUUCAAGUCUUAGAGAGAUCAGUACUGCCCAAGAACAGAAACAAGAAUCACAUCAACAAUUCGAACAAGGAAUACCACCAGAAACAAGUGGUGAAAGCUGCUCCAUUAGCCAACAACUACAAAAGCAACGACAUUUUCAAUCUAAUCGACAGCAAAAUAUCGCUUCAAACGGAAGUCCACUUCUUGGAAGCACAAAAACAACAAUAUCACCCUCAACAUCCAAAACCAGCGAACUUCAAAAAUUACCAUCAUUUAAUAACAAUAACAAAACCGAAACUGAAACAGACCCCGAAGAAGCGGAAUUGUAUCUGUCAUCGUUGUCAACAUCAAUACGACCUAACAGAAACUAUCGUCACCGAGAUCCCAGCUGCAAACGUCGCAGUUCAGACUCAACAUCCACCUUUCAGCUUCAGCGAAAUCAGCCACAUCCUUGUAAAUGGUGCAGUGAUCGAGAACCAAGAAGUGUUGUCAAAUCAACGACUGAAUGUCAAGCAACUAAUUGCGGCCAUAGUCAGGAGAAACGACCAGCUUCUUCUACUACUACAACUACAUCUACAAUUACUAAACGAAGGGACUUCUUCAAACCUAAAGGAAAUUCAAAUUUUUCAACGACAUUUUAUGGUCCUGUUGCUGCGGAAUUUGGUCCUAACGACGAUAUUCGAAAAUCGAAAAACGAGAACGACGACGUCGAAAUCAACGUUGAAGUCGAAUGUGAAAGCGAAGACGCCGCUGAUCAAAGAAAAAAACUUCGUCUUAAAAAUACUGUCGUUUUUGGUAGGUCAAAAUUUGCAAAAGCCAACUACAAAGAUAGCAGUGCUGAAAGAGAAAGAGAAGAAGAAAACAGCGUUGAUACAGACGAAGACGGAAAAACUCUGUUUGCCAAAACUAGUAAUAGUCAUAGUAGAUUUAAUAUUUCUAGAAACAAUAGCAGCUUUAGCUGCUAUCCAAAUAGUGAUAACUGCGAUUGUUUUUGUAAUUGUAAAAUUUGCAUUAAGGAACAUACCAGCCAAAGCUGUUUUUCUUGCCCUUCCUAUGCUACCAAAAUCGAGCUAGAACCAAUUUUACCAAUUCAUCUCACACACCUAACAAAGACUAAAUUAUUACAAGUUACUCAAACACAUCAAAGCCAAAAUCCUAAUAAAGCUGAAGAAGGUAAAGUAACAAUAAAUGCGAAGAUACUUGAAGAGUGUGAGAAAAAUAAAUUAGAGGAAGGAGACGACGAAGAAGAAGUAGAAAAAGAAAAAGAAGAAAACAAACACGACGAAGAAGAAGGAGACGAAGAAGAAGAAGAAGGAGUAGAAGUCGAAGUAGAAGAAGAAGAAGACGAAGAAGAAGCAGAAGAAGAAAAAGAAGAAGAAAAGGGAAAAAAAGAAGACCAAGAAAAAGAUACAAAAGAAGUGAUCUAUAAAAACGUCCACAAUCAACAACAACCACCACCUAAUUAUAGUAGUAAUAACAGAGAAUUUAUAGAUGGUAAUGACUGUAGUAGAAGAAGAAGAAAAAAUAGUCAUAAACAAAAAUCUAUUGUAUGUUUGCAAUGUUAUCCAACACCUAAGAAAAAAAAUACUACUUUAGUUAAAAAUAGUAAUAAUACAAAUAAUUCAAAUCAACCACAACAACAACCACAGUUUUACAACAAUAACACUAAUAGUAGUAGAUUAACUGUAAGCAGUAAUAAACAAACAUUAAACAACAGCGCGGUAUUAAAUAGUUUUCCAACUAGUCGAAGUGUCAAUUUUGAUAGUGAUUUGCUUAAUGCAACAACAGCGUCGGCUUUGGGGCAGCGCAAAUGUUCGGUAAAAAGUACUAAUACCAAUAAUAGUGAUCAUUCGACGUCACAGAACUAUCAUCGUCGUCGGUCUAGCGCGAGUGCAAGCCAAAGCGCAAGUGCUAGUGCCAGUGCCGGUACUAAUACUAUCGACGGAGGAAGUAGUAGUAACAGUAGUAAUUGCAGUAUUACAGGUGAAAAUAGUACUAUUUGCGGAUUCGGUGUUGGGGUAAUAAGUAGUUUUAUCGGUAGUGAUUAUUAUAACGACGAUGAUGACGAUUUUGUCGAUGAUAUUGUCGGUGAGAACAAAUAUCCCAUUCGUCCGGACGAUAUAACCGAUUGCGAUAGUUUAAGUGAGUACCAUAAUUACUCUGAUCCUGCAACUGAAGAUAUUUUAGAAGAAGCAGAAGAAAAGGUAAAAAGCGACAGAAAUAAAGGUAUUGGUGAUAAAAUUGAUGAAGACGACAAUCUAGAAGACGAUAAUGACAACGACGACGACGAAGCUACAAUUCCUCGCCGUAGAUGUCAAAGUGAUAUAGAUAUAAGUAGUACAAUCGAAAUAGGUCGUAUAAAUCGAACUAGUUCUAAAAAGUACGUUAAUUCCGAGCGACCAUUGCCGUGUAUACACGAAUACGGUUCAAUAGAACCACCAAAUUUUGGUUGCCAAAUCCCAAAAAGUACGACUGGUGUUGGCGCUGCCUGUCAACAUUCGCAAAGACAUUCGACAUUUUCGUCACAAGAUCAUACAAAUUUAUUCACUCCAGUUGUUGAUGGUUUUGGAGUUGGUGUUUGGGAGACAACAAUUAAUAUAUCCUCAGCCAUGAAUGUAGUAACGAGUAAUAAUGGGGCCAAUAAUGGUGGCGGAGAAGGAUUGAUGGGCAACAGGCAUGAUGAUGGUGGUAUGUCAAAUGGAGGUGAUAAUAUUGAACACAUGAAUGGAGGAAUCGGUGAGGGAACUGCUAGUGUUAUGGGCGGUGGUGGAAUCGGUACUCCGAACAUUGCCGAAACUACAAAUGGCACAACAAUUGGACCGGCUCAAAAGACAACAACAGCGGCAGCGCAAAAGAAGCCAGUCCGACGGGGUGGUAAAGCCCAACCCGAUCGGCCUGUACGGGCUUUAUUUUGUCUUGGUGUGAAAAACCCCCUGCGGAGUUUAUGCAUAAGUGUUGUUGAAUGGAAACCAUUCGAAUAUUUAAUUCUGUUAACCAUAUUUGCCAACUGUGUUGCCUUAGCUGUUUACACGCCGUAUCCUUUUAGUGAUUCAAACCAAACUAAUGCGUAUUUGGAAAAAAUUGAGUAUGUUUUUUUAGUAAUAUUUACUGCAGAAUGUGUUAUGAAAAUCAUAGCGUACGGAUUUAUGUUACAUAAUGGUGCAUAUCUAAGAAAUGGAUGGAAUUUGUUAGAUUUUUUCAUUGUUGUUAUAGGUAUGAUAAGUACGGCGUUAUCAAAUUUAAUGAAGGAAGGAUUCGAUGUUAAGGCUUUAAGAGCAUUUAGAGUACUUAGGCCAUUGAGAUUGGUAUCGGGUGUGCCAAGUCUUCAAGUUGUACUUAAUUCAAUUCUCCGUGCCAUGGUGCCUUUAUUGCAUAUUGCUCUAUUGGUCUUGUUUGUCAUUAUUAUUUACGCUAUAAUUGGAUUAGAAUUAUUUUCGGGGAAGAUGCACAAAACAUGCCAGAAUAACGUUACAGGUGAAUAUAUGGAGGACGCACACCCAUGUGGCAGUUCCGGAUAUCACUGUCCAACCGGAUUUGAGUGCUAUGAUAAAUGGGAAGGUCCAAACUUUGGGAUUACAAAUUUUGAUAAUUUCGGAUUGGCUAUGCUGACAGUGUUUCAGUGUGUCACACUUGAAGGCUGGACUGAUGUUCUCUAUAAUAUUCAAGACGCCAUGGGCAGUACUUGGCAAUGGACCUAUUUUAUUUCCAUGGUCAUAUUGGGAGCAUUUUUCGUCAUGAAUCUAAUUCUCGGUGUGUUGUCGGGAGAAUUUUCAAAAGAACGUACAAAAGCGAAAAACCGUGGUGAUUUUCAGAAACUACGUGAAAAACAACAAAUCGAAGAAGAUUUACGUGGUUAUUUGGAUUGGAUAACUCAAGCCGAAGAUAUCGAACCCGAAGCCGAUGGAAAUUUAAUACAAGAUGGCAAACAAAAACAGCCCAACGAAAUGGAUUCAAAUGAUCAAUUAGGCGAAGAAGGCCAAGAACAAAUGACCGAAUCAUGGAUGCGCAAGAAAAAAAAAGAAAUGGAUCGUGUGAAUCGAAGGAUGCGAAGAGCUUGCCGGAAAGCUGUUAAGUCACAAGCGUUUUAUUGGUUAAUUAUAAUUUUGGUUUUUUUAAAUACGGGUGUGCUAGCUACAGAGCAUUACAAGCAACCAAUAUGGCUGGAUGAUUUUCAAGAUAAUACAAAUAUAUUCUUUGUGGCGUUGUUUACCUGUGAGAUGGUGCUAAAGAUGUACAGUUUGGGAUUCCAGGGCUAUUUUGUGUCCUUGUUCAACCGUUUUGAUUGCUUUGUUGUCAUCGGCAGCAUAACUGAGAUGAUCCUUACCAACACUGAGAUAAUGCCACCGUUGGGUGUUUCGGUGUUACGUUGUGUUCGUUUGCUGCGAGUCUUCAAAGUCACAAAAUAUUGGCGUUCGCUGUCGAAUUUGGUGGCUUCAUUGUUAAAUUCAAUUCAAUCAAUUGCAUCGCUUUUGUUGCUCCUAUUUCUGUUUAUUGUUAUCUUUGCCUUAUUGGGGAUGCAAGUGUUUGGUGGGAAAUUUAAUUUCGCACCAGAAGAGGAAAAACCUCGCCCGAAUUUCGAUAGUUUCGUCCAGAGUCUUUUGACUGUUUUUCAAAUACUUACUGGUGAGGAUUGGAAUGCUGUGAUGUAUGAUGGUAUACGCGCUUAUGGUGGUGUUGCAUCAAUUGGCAUAUUGGCUUGCAUUUAUUUCAUUAUAUUAUUUAUUUGCGGUAAUUACAUUCUGUUGAACGUGUUCUUGGCCAUUGCUGUGGAUAAUUUAGCUGAUGCUGAUUCCUUGACUACAGUUGAUAAGGAAGAAGAGACUGAUGAGAAUAAACAAAAAUCACAUAGUCCUUCGCCUAAUAUGGACGGUGAGGAAGACGAGGGCAUGGAUGAGAAUGGUCGAGAUUUGGAAGAUGAAGAAAAUAUGGACGAAGAAGAAACUUUAUCAGAAAUGAAAAUUCGCCUUGAUAACGAGGACUACGAAGAAGAACAAGAAGAAGUAGUCCACGAUCAAAUAACUGCACGUCCACGGCGAAUAUCUGAAAUCAGCGUCAAGAAGACAAAAAAGCCGAUACCACGUGGGUCAGCGUUUUUUAUAUUUUCACAUAAGAACAGGUUUCGAGUGUUCUGUCAUUGGUUGUGUAACCAUAGUUAUUUUGGAAAUGUCAUAUUAUGCUGCAUAAUGUUCUCAUCGGCUAUGUUAGCUGCAGAGGAUCCACUGGACUCGGUGGCACCUAGAAAUUUGAUCUUGAAUUAUUUCGAUUAUUUUUUCACGGCUGUUUUUACAAUGGAACUGGUUCUCAAAUUGAUUUCGUAUGGCUUUGUUAUUCAUAAUGGAGCCUUUUGCAGAUCCGCAUUUAAUCUAUUAGAUUUACUUGUGGUCUGCGUGUCUUUAAUAUCAAUUGGUUUCAGUUCGAAUGCGAUUUCGGUCGUGAAAAUUCUUCGUGUUCUCCGAGUCUUAAGACCUCUAAGAGCCAUUAAUCGAGCUAAAGGAUUAAAGUAUGUUGUAAAAUGUGUGAUAGUUGCAAUUAAAACAAUCGGCAAUAUAAUGUUGGUUACCUACUUGCUACAAUUUAUGUUUGCUGUGAUUGGAGUGCAACUAUUUAAGGGAAAAUUCUUCAAAUGCACAGAUGGUUCCAAAAUGGUCGAGGAUGAAUGCCAUGGAACAUAUCUAGUUUAUGAUGAUGGAGAUGUUCAAAAACCACGACUAAAAGAACGCGAAUGGACACCAAACAAAUUUCAUUUCGAUGACGUAGCCAAAGCCAUGCUGACCCUGUUUACUGUGUCAACUUUUGAGGGCUGGCCUUCACUUCUUUAUGUAUCCAUCGAUUCAAACGAAGAGGAUAAGGGCCCUAUACACAAUUUCCGACCAAUUGUCGCCGCAUACUAUAUUAUUUACAUUAUCAUCAUAGCAUUUUUUAUGGUUAACAUAUUCGUCGGUUUUGUUAUUGUUACAUUCCAAAAUGAGGGCGAACAAGAAUAUAAAAAUUGUGAGCUCGACAAAAAUCAAAGGAACUGCAUUGAAUUUGCCCUAAAAGCGAAGCCCGUCCGACGCUACAUACCCAAACAUGGAAUUCAGUAUAAAGUCUGGUGGUUUGUCACAUCGGCCUCAUUCGAAUAUACUAUAUUUAUUUUAAUUAUGAUAAAUACAAUAACAUUGGCAAUGAAAUUCUACGAACAACCACCCUGGUAUACGGAUUUGCUGGAUGCACUCAAUAUGAUGUUUACGGCAGUUUUUGCACUAGAAUUCGUAUUCAAAUUGGCUGCAUUUCGAUUCAAGAAUUACUUUGGAGAUGCUUGGAAUGUAUUUGAUUUCAUAAUCGUUCUGGGUAGUUUUAUUGAUAUUGUCUAUUCGGAGAUAAAAUCACUCACUCCAGAUCAUAAGAAUAAACAUCACGCAAGUUUAGAUAACAUCGAAGACCUCACAAAAAACAAAAAAUCUGGAUCGAAUUUAAUUUCGAUAAAUUUCUUUCGACUAUUUCGUGUGAUGCGUUUGGUUAAGCUUCUUAGCAAAGGCGAAGGUAUCCGAACACUUCUCUGGACAUUUAUAAAAUCAUUUCAAGCGCUGCCCUACGUAGCCCUAUUGAUUGUCAUGUUAUUCUUUAUUUAUGCUGUUAUUGGUAUGCAGGUUUUUGGAAAAAUAGCUUUAAACGAUGACUCAGCCAUCACAAGGAACAACAAUUUUCAAACAUUCCCGCAAGCUGUUUUAGUUCUAUUCCGUUCGGCAACUGGAGAAGCAUGGCAGGACAUUAUGAUGGAUUGUUCUGUUCGGCCGGAUAUCGUCGUAUGCGAUGCGAAAUCGGAUGACAGUACCAAUAAGAAUUGCGGAUCUAAUAUUGCCUUUCCGUAUUUCAUAUCGUUUUAUGUCCUCUGUUCGUUUCUGAUCAUUAAUUUAUUUGUCGCGGUCAUCAUGGACAAUUUUGACUAUUUGACACGGGAUUGGUCAAUUCUCGGGCCACAUCAUUUGGACGAAUUUAUUCGCCUAUGGAGCGAAUAUGACCCCGAUGCCAAGGGUCGCAUCAAACAUCUCGAUGUUGUGACGUUGCUAAGAAAAAUAUCACCACCAUUAGGCUUUGGCAAGCUAUGUCCCCAUCGAAUGGCAUGCAAACGUUUGGUCUCAAUGAAUAUGCCUUUAAAUAGUGAUGGAACUGUGUUGUUCAAUGCCACACUGUUUGCUGUUGUCCGGACGUCGUUGAGUAUCAAGACCGAUGGUAAUAUCGAUGAUGCUAAUUCAGAGUUACGGGCAGUCAUUAAACAAAUAUGGAAACGUACAAGUCCUAAGUUGUUAGACCAAGUUGUCCCGCCACCAGGCAAUGACGAUGAAGUUACUGUUGGCAAAUUCUAUGCCACUUAUUUGAUUCAGGAUUAUUUUAGACGCUUUAAAAAACGCAAAGAGCAAGAAGGCAAAGAGGGACAAGAUAGUAAUAAUACGGUUAGCUUGCAAGCUGGAUUGAGGACACUUCAUGAUGCUGGACCGGCCUUGAAGCGUGCGAUUUCAGGAAAUCUUGAUGAGUUACUCGAAGAACCUGAACCCAUGCAUAGACGUAACCACACACUGUUUGGAAGCGUUUGGUCUUCAUUGCGCCGCCAUGGAACAGGACCAUUUGUUCGAAAUCGCAAAUCACAAGGCAACGGCGGCGGCGGCGGGAACAAUGGCCUUCAAUUGCCCAAUUCGAUAUCCAACGAUCAGUUGUACAGUUCGAUGCAUCGAAGCGUUGCCGAUGGCAUAAAUCACAUUACAAAAACAAUCAUGCAGACCCGAGUUGGAAGCGGUCCUUUGGGUUACAAUACUGAGCUUAGUGGUAGCGGAGAGCUGCGGACAUUCAGCGAAAGCAUUCCGAUGAGGCCAUUGAUGAUGAAAAAUGGCAGCAGUAGUGGUGGCCUUUUGGGUGGUAAUCCGGAUGGAGGCAGUUCGAAUCCACUAAGCAGUCAGUCAUACGAAAUGAGAGAAGGACUUGUAACGUCCUCAUCGUCCUCAUCAGAGAAUGAAGACGAACCGGAUUUAGCAUCAUUUUACUACUAUUCAAAUCACCACCACCAUGACCAGAAUCAACAACAACAACUCUACCAACAACAACACUAUCAUCAUCACCACCACCACACCAAAGAGCAUCAUCAAAAUCAUUUACAUUCCAAACAUCGACUUCAGGAACAACACCACCAAGACCAUAGAAAUCUCCCAAAUGAGUCCAGUGCGGAGCAUCACGAACUUCUGUUACCCAAUUCAAUUUCCGAGUCUGUGCAGCAGGAAGACCUUAGCAUUCCCAUGCAAGUGCUUCAUCAUCGUUGUUCAAUAUGGAGUCCGAAUUCCACAUCGAAGGAGUUUCACGUGCUGCCUACAUCAACCGCACUAGCUGCUACUCCGAUGACAUUGGACGAUCCAAAUUGGAAAUUCUUCGAUGACGAUGAAGUGGCCGAUGAUGCUCGACCAUCCGUAGUUUUAGACGAUCAACAAUUAGCAGGAUCAUCAGCUGCAGGUGCUGCUCCAUGUUCAAUGAGUCGUGUAAGACGCAGCCAAAUAAGUUCAAUCUCAACAACUACCACGACGUUGUCCCCGUUGUCCCUAUCACCACCAUUUUCGGCAACUUUGACAAAUCUGCCAGUGUCAGCUGGCGUCACAAAGCGCUAUGCGCCCAUGAUGACCUCACUUAAGAAGGACAGCUUAAGCGAUGAACUAAUCCCACCGACUCCUCCUCCAAGUCGUUUCUCGAAUCGCCUCCUCGAUAUUUGCGGCAAUUACAAUCGUAGUAGUGGUGGCGAUGAUUGCGCCUUCGGGCUUCUUACCGAUGAAGCCAUUGUUCCGUUUGUGGGACGCAAUGGUAGCGUUGAGGACUCAGAUGGAGCUGGUUCAGUUAUAACAACCAUGACACAAUCUACAACCUUGGAUAACCAAAGUGGAUCGAUCGCUGGGCAAUGCAUAACGCCCUUAAAAUACCUUCGGCCACCAUUCACCUUGUCCGAUGAAAAAAUAACUGUCACCCAGGCUGUGGUGCAUAGGAGUGCCUUUGGCACUGACGACGAUGUGAUUCCAAUUGGCAUGCCAGUUGCACAUCUAAUAACACCAAAUCCUGUUCUGGAUGAUCUUAAACCGGGAAUGCGUCAUAUAGCGAGUGGUUUGCGUAUAGCUCAAUCUCAGGCCAUGGCUGUAGCUGGAUUCCUACCGCACUCGAUGCAGGUUAGAGAUGCUGACGCUGAAACUAUUGGUGAUCCCCUAGAAGUUUAUGGUGAUGAAAUGGUAGCAAUUGAUGUCGGUGAUCGGGACUGUGCUGAAAUGAUUGACAUAAACAGUGUGUGCUCUCUGCAAAUUGCCCAACUUGAUGAUAUUAUUUGUAUAUAUGACAGCGAUAAAAGCAAUACUAACAGUGGAGGUGGAUGUGAUAAUGAUAAUGAUGAAGGUGAUUAUGAUGGCAGAAGCAGAAACCGAAGGACAUCGCAUGAGCUAAAUGGUGAUAGCAGUACCAGUGGCAGCAGACAAUAUGUAACCGCUGCUUGCUACUCUGAUUUAAAUAUAUUACCAAUACCUACAACAACAACAACAUCACUGCCAUUAAUGGAAUUAAAUUUGCGGCCAUACAGAGCGAGUAGUAUUUGCCCGAUGCCGACCGAUAAAGUCCGUCACAGAUCAUCUUACCACGGUGAAGGAGUUUCAUCAGGCAAUGAACCAAAUGGUGGAGUUGGACAUGAGCGCAUGGUACAGUCAACACCUGGAAGCCCAUUCGACCAGAGGCGCCCAGCCUCUUUUGAGGUUAUUGGGUCAGCGGAGAGUCUUGUUGGAAGGGUACUAGCAGCUGAAGGUCUUGGAAAAUAUUGCGAUCCUGAUUUUGUUGCAUACACAUCUCGUGAAAUGCAAGAAGCCCUUGAUAUGACUCGGGAAGAAAUGGACAUGGCUGCCCAUCAAAUUCUCUUACACGAACGUUCCGGUAGUUUGCACAGCGGAAACGGUCUAAAAAAUAAUAACAACACUAAUGAAAAUAGCAAUCGUGGGUUGUCAAAUUUGAACGAGUAUAGUUCUAUAAAUGCUCUAAAUCUCCGUCAAUCUAAUCAAUUGAUAUCGCCAAUGUCAUCGCCUACAUCAAAUUAUCACUAUCAGCAGCAGCAGAAACAUCAACAACAACAACAACCACAACAACAGCAGCAGCUUCCAUCGCUUCCAAAUGACCAAUUUACGACAUCUGGCGGUAAUGAUGGAAUAGCGAUGAGACGAAUUGGAGGGAGAGCAGGAGAAGGAGGAGUUUUAUCUUCGUCUCCUCAAACAACUAAAAACAAAAGUCGCAACUCAUAGCAUUUGGUGAGUAUUGACAAGGAAUUGUGACUUUUUUUAAAAUUUGUUUAGACAAAUCUUUAAAUUUUCUUAGUAAAAUUUGUUUUCUUUUGUGUAACACAAAAUUAAAAUAUAUACAUGUUUAUAUAUAUAUAUAUAGAACCCUUGUUUCCUAUAUACCUUUAACAAAAAAAAAUUUAAUCAAAGGUGGAUUCUAUUUUGAAUGGUACUUAUUCAUAAAUUUAGACAAAAUAAAAAAAACUAGAUAAUAAUUUUUGUAAGAGUGUUAUUUGAAUUAAGAAAAAUAAAACAAAAAUAAACAUCAACAUAUACAUCAGUAUAUAUCACUUUGUAUAAAAUUUAUUAUGUUUAGAUAUUUUUGGAAACAUAACCUGUUGAAUAUAAUUUUUAAUUAGAAAAUAACAAAGCUUUAUACAAGUCAAAUUGUGAAAAAAAAAUCAGAAAAAGAAUAAUAUUAUUUAAUAGCUCUUUUUUGUUUAAAUAAUCUCAAUUUGAAUUGAAAAUACCGUGUGGAAUUUGUAAUCUUUUUUAUAAGUUAAAAGUACCUAUGUAUGUAUCCCACCUUUAUAAAAUAAAACAAGGAUCCCUUAAUCAUUCUAUUUUAGUUUGUAUUAUUUUUGUAAGAUUGUCUAUAAAAAAUUGAUUUACUAGUUUUUAAAUUAAAAAAAAGAAAAUUCUACGAGGAUAGGUAUAUAGAAAAAUAAAUAUAUUGAUAUUUUUAUUUAAUAGUUAAAAGUUGUUCAUUAGUUGGUGAACAUGUUGAUUCAAAAUUUAAAAUUUAAAUAAUAUUUAAUAUUGAAACAAGAAGAAAAACUACAACAAACAAAAAGAGACUAAGCGAUUUAAGAAAUAAAACAAACAAAGCAAAAUAAUAUAAUUUUUCUAUUUGUGUUAUAUAUAUAUAAAAAAACUUUUGAUUAAAAAAAAUGUAACUAAAAAAUCGAUAAGACAUUAUAAGAGUUAAGAUAAAACAGAAACUAAGUGCCUAAAUAAAAAAAUAUAAACUAAAAAAAAGAAGUAAAAAUGUAAUACAACUAACCGCUAAACAUUCACAUCCAUAUAUAAAGAUAUAAACAAUAAAAAACCUAAGAAUUGUAAUUAAAAACUAAAAGUGUAAAAUAAUGCCAUAACAUUUGUCGUGAAAUUUGUUAAUAUACGUAUUAGAAUCAACAGAAAAAACAGAAUAAAAUCCUCCAUGCCAAAUUAUAAUACUAAAAAUAGUAAAAUUUAAAUAGAUAAACAAAUUGUAUAUAUAUACCUGUAAUAUUUAAAAAAACACAAAUAAAAUAAAUCGAAUCACGUGUAAGAAAUACACAAAAACUA